AUGUCGACGGCGCCUUCGCAAAACUACGACUAUCUGCGUCGCAAGCAGAGCACAAAGGCCGCCUACACGUCGUCCAUCACACCCGUCCGCAAGCCAGUGCGAACCCCCAGCGAACGGAACAGCAAUGGCACCGUGAGCUCCUACAGCACCACCAACACACGCGACACAAACAUCACCGAGCCGCCGACGUACUCGAAAAAGCUGGUCGUGGUCGGUGAUGGUGGAUGCGGCAAGACUUGUCUGCUGAUCAGCUACAGCUCUGGCAACUUCCCAGAGAAAUAUGUGCCCACCGUCUUCGAGAACUACAUCACCCACACACCGCACCCUCCCACAGGCAAGAUGGUCGAGCUUGCCCUCUGGGACACAGCCGGACAGGAAGAGUACGAUCGCUUACGGCCGCUCUCCUACCCCGAGACCGACAUCAUCUUUGUGUGCUUCGCCAUCGACUGCCCCAACUCGCUAGAAAACGUCAUGGACAAGUGGUACCCCGAGGUCCUCCACUUCUGCCCCACGACCCCUCUGAUGCUCCUCGGUCUCAAGUCGGACCUGCGCAACAAGAAGAACUGCAUCGAGCUACUCAAGACACAAGGCCUCACACCAGUGACGCCCGACCAAGGCCGCGCAGUUGCCAAGAAGAUGGGUGCCAUCUACAUGGAGUGCAGUAGUAAAGAGCAGGAUGGCGUAGAGGAAAUCUUCGACCUCGCAGUCACAAUGGCCGUUGGCGACGAGUAUAAGACACCAGAGCAACGGGGCCAACCUGCACAAAGAGGGCACCAGGAAGCCCUCGCCACAGCCGGCAAGAAGAAGAAGCGCAGCGGCUGCAAGGUUCUGUAG